AUGAAGACAACGAUUCUACAGAGCUACAAGCAAUCAAACCACAUCCGCGACAUCCUUGACCUCCCUGCGCUUCCGGCCCUUGGAGUACAGCAUCGUCAGUCCAGUCCUGUAUUCCUUGGCCAUUGGUUCGAGGAUGAGAAGGUCUCAGUGACACUGGGCCGGUCUAUGGUUGACUUUUUGCGCAACAGGCUUGGUGUGGACGUCACUUGGAUGGUUGAAUGA